GGCGAUCAGUAGCGAUUAGCCAGAGCCAGCGCAAGUCGUUGGCCGUUGGUCGUGAGCGAGGUCGUGAGAUGGGAUGAAUCCAAUGAAUCCGUCAUAAGCUUGUAUUACGGCAUCGAAGUGGCCUAUCGCACUGGCGGGAAGCGCGCAUCUUGCUUCGAGUUAUGUGAACGUGAAUCGACACCCUAGUUGUCUGAAUUGUGUACUGGCACUUCGUUUCAGCGUGCUAAACGGGGAAUUACAAUGUCGUCAAAUAAUUCAAUGGCCACAGCUCCCGAAGGCUCAAUAUUCUUUGUGCUACCAGCUGGCAAGAAGCCCACUGACACAACCUCACACAUGCAGCAAGCAUUUCAGAGCAUGUGCCAGGAGCAAAUGGAGCCUUCUUGGAUCACUACGAGGGAGUGCCAAAAAGUGAAGGCUCGAAAUUCUGCCGAGGUGUUUGUGUGUGACCCCUUUGAGGGCCCUGCCUUUGAUCACUUGGUCAGUCUCAGCUGCCGCGUAGUGGGACCCCUCUGUGUCCUGAUGUGUAUCCAGGAGCAAGAACCUCUUCCACGACGCCCAAACUCAUUGUACAGUCUCUCCUUUCGUCACAUUGUGGUCACCUGUACAGGGCUAGGGAAGGACCUUCGUGAAGAAGUAGCCCAACAUGUGUGUCUCAUGGGUGGUCAAGUAGUGCGGGAAUUCACAAAGAGCGUAACCCAUGUCAUUGCUGGAGACGUAGGUUCCAAGAAGUAUCACGUAGCUGCUAAUUUCAAGAUACCUGUGAUGACACCAGAAUGGGUGACCAAGUUCUGGGAAGUGGAACAGUUCAAGCUUGCUCAUGCUUCAAGUCCAGCCUACGAUAAUAUGCACCUGCCUACCUUUAAGGGGCUCACCAUAUCCGUUUCACAAGUAGCAUUUUCGGAACGAGCUAAGCUGAAGGAGCUCAUCCACGCCCAUGGUGGUACCUACUCUGGAGAGCUGAAGCAUAAUCAAGCAACACACGUGGCUCUCCUUACACCAAGCGGAGAAAAGUACAAGUAUGGCCGUAGCUGGAAUCUGCACUGUGUUCACAUUCGUUGGGUCUAUGAAAGUGCUAGUGCAGGAUAUGCAUUAGAUGAAUCGCUCUACACACUCUUGCCCAUUACAGAGAGCUCAACUCCCAGCAAGUCUGAAAACAAUCCUCCGGCCGUCUUUGACUGUAGUGUUAUUCCUGUUAGCAGCUUACCUUCUACCCUCAGUGAGACUGUAGCUUCUGAUGUCAGCUUCCAGGUCAAAGAUCCACUUGAGGCAUUGGAUCUGAAUUACUUAUCAAAGUGUGGACAAUUUUUGGAUGGUUGUUCUGUGUACCUGGCUGGAUUUUCUGAUCCACACCUUGAACGUCUGCGUCGAGUGAUCAAUCUUUGUGGUGGAAUGCGGUUUAACAGCUAUUCAGAUGGUGUCACUCAUGUUGUCGUUGGGUCGGAGAAAGUCGAUUCUCUUGAGCGACUAAUAACAGAGAACGGGGGCUCUCCUCAUGUUGUAAGUGUUCAGUGGUUGAUUGAUAGUUGUACUGCUGGAAAGCUUUUAGGUGUUGAGCCAUAUUUCAAACCAGAGUACAUGGUGACAAUUAAUGCGGAGGAAGUAAGUCCAAAAGUACAGCACAUAAGAGCUUCUCAUCAGAGCACAGAACCUGUGAAAAUGGAUGAUACAGUGAAGGCAGACCUUAGCGAUAUUGUAGAGCUAUACCGAAGGUCUAAAGACAACACCGCAAGCCCACAGGGUGUAACGUUCAGUAACAAGAAGGAAAUUGAACAUAUUUCUGUACAAGAGUGCCCUAACCCAGUUGAGGAAAUAUCUAUGGGUAGUGAUGUUUCAAAAGGUCAGGAUGAUGCUGUGGAAACACUGUUCAGCAACAUGUUGUUUCAGAUCAGUGGCUUCAAGGAUGAAGACCAUGCAAUCUUAGCAGAAAUGAUCGAAGGUAAUGGAGGUAAAAUCCUCUCCUCAAAACGGACACAAUUGCAGGAGAUUGUCAAAGUUGUUCCUCUUGUUACUGAAAAGGAAGAUGAUGACAGGAAAUGUGAACGUGUGACUAUUGUGACUUACUGUUGGCUGCAGAUGUCUGUUCAUGAAGAGACCUUGUUACCAUAUCACAGCAAUCCAUUGUUCAAGCCUUUUCGUAUUGCUGCUGCUUGUAAGCCACUUAGUGAUUGUGUCCUGACAUUUAGCAAAUAUGAAGGUGCUGAGAAGGAGUGUCUCAUUAACCUAGCUGAGUCAUUGGGUGCAAAAUGUCAGAAUUUUUUGGUGCGGAAAGCAAGCCGUCUACGCCAGCUUUUGCCGAACACACAUCUUAUUGCAGUAGAGGCUGAAGGACAAAAGUAUGAAGCAGCUUCUAAAUGGGGAUUAUUCAUUGUAACCAAGGGCUGGUUGAUAGCCACAGCAACAAUGGGGGAAAAGGCUGAUGAGAAGGAAUUCCCUGUUGGGCAGGCUGCCUCUGUGACAGAAGAAAGAAGCAGUGUGCUUUCUGGCACUAACAUGGAAAAUAAUUUAAGCAACUGUAGAAAAACGAGUGAUGUGAACAUUACAAGGUCUGAUGCAGCAGCCAUGGGUGCAACGAGCUCAGGAAACGAGAAUGAUGCUGCAGCAAUGAAAGCAUCUCUAAGAGACAUUGCUAGUUUAGCAUCGACACCACUGAUGUCUCCUACCUGCAAUUCAGCUGAUUCAGAGAUCAACCCUGCCGAGAUGCAACAGACUCCAGUGCAAAGGAAAAGAGUUUCUUUAGAUGGCAUACCCACCCCUGGAAGCAUGUUAAAAAGCCAACGUAUCCGUGAGCUCAUUCAGCAGGGUAGUAACAGUAGUCGUAGCUCCCAAGCAGAGAGCAGUGAUGAUGACUUUACUCCUAGCCGGAUACUUGGCGGUGGCUUUCUUCCAAGGUUUAAGCUCGAUGGUGCCCUGAACAUGCUUAGUACACCACUGAACUGUCAUGCGGAGCCACGCACGUCGCUUUCAGAUAGCAUGUUGGCAUCAGUGAACAUCAAAGCAGCAGUUGAUCGUUUUGGUAAUAAUGAUCUCCUUCAAGGAGCUGAACAAACUCCAUCGCCGAUGAGAAAAUCUUCAUUGCCAGCUGAAAAUGUUCUUUCUGGAGUUACAGUGUGCAUUGCAAAGAAGCUUUUACCAAAGUACAAGGACAUGAAAUCUCUUAUUGAAUCAUUAGGAGGGCAUUAUUCCUGCAAUGAAAACUGCACCCAUUUUGUCUAUGAAGCAAAAGCUGGGGAAAAAACGUUGCCGAGAGACGUGAAACAAGCAAAAGAUCAGGGCAAGAAAUUGGUAUGCCCACAGUGGGUUUAUGCGUGCCGUGAUGCAGGCAAAAUAGUGGAUGAAGCAGAUUACCCAUUUACCUACAAUGUAAGGAUGUCGUUGUCGUCACAUGUGACCAGAGUCAAGGAAACGAAGACGAGACAUCCUGAUAAAGACGAGCACAAGUCUCUCUCUACGGAGCUCACGUCACAUCAAGGUACUGAAGAAGGUACAGUUCUUGAAUGUGCACAUCCAACAAAUUCUUCAUUGCCUGGAACUGCCUUAGAAGUGAGUAGCCCUCACUGUGCAACUUCUCCUGUGCUUGUGUCCCCUACUUCAGCUGUACAAAGUCUCGACAAAGCACAUUCAUUGGCUCCUGACAAAGAGAGGCCUACUUUUAAGGAGCCCUUCAUUCCAUUCAAAGAGCCUGUUGUGCCUUUAACAGAAAGCCAGCAGGUUAUCACUGACCAGGUGCAAGAGUUGAUGGCUGUAGCCAGAGUAGUGAGCCGUCAACAAAGUCGUCGCCACACCAGCUCUCUUUUCAAGCCCCAAUCUCCACCUAAGUCAAGUGAGUCUCGCCGUCGCUCAGGAACACUACCAAAGCUUCCUCUGCCUGACUCUGAAGCAGAUUUUGUUGGCGUAUCUUGGGAUGACCCAACACGACGGACAGAAAUGGCCCGUUUGGCCGCCAAACUGGCUGAAUCGGAGUCUGAUUCUGAUGAUGAUGAUGAUGUGUUUAACAAGCCUCAGCCACCUAGUGAGACCGUAAUUCCUGCAAGAAAAGUGUUCAUGUUUUCAGGCCUUUCAGAUGCGGAUAAGUCUCGAUAUGCUUCCAUUGCCACAGAAUUGUGUGGGCAGGUUGUCACAUCUAAAGCUUUUGAGAGUGAGGUCACCCACCUAAUCACUGCUAGGGCCUUGAAGAAUGAAAGGUUUCUGGCAUCUGUAGCUGCUGGGAGGUAUGUUCUCCAUCACACAUUUCUGGAUCAGUCUUUGGCAGCAGGCCAUUUUGUUGCUGAAGAGGACUAUGAGUGGGGAGGGCCACAGACUGGUGCCUUCUUAGCCAGUUCCGAAUCCUCAUCAAACACUCACAAGGCAGCCUACUGUCCCAGGAAAUGGCGCCUCAAGAUACAAGAAGAUGGAGGCCGUUGUGCUUUCGUAGAUUGGAAAGCAGUUGUUUAUGCUACGAACACGAUGAAAGAAGCAAUAUUUUUACGGGUGCUGAGAGCGGGAGGUGCUCAAGUGGUUGAUGGAAGUGACAACCACGGGAUCACGCAUGCAUUGUUUGACAUUGGUGCUGCAGAGAAAGCAGAUAUAAAUGCACUGUUGGAGGCUGGAGCAAAAUGUGUCAGAGCAGAAUAUUUAGGGGCUUUCCUUACUGAAGAUCCAAUUCCACCUCCAGAGAAGUACCUCAUUCCAGAAGUGGUAGCACUCAAGAAGAAAGCAUCGCACAGUGGAAAUUCCAAACAUUGUCCUUCUGAUGAAGGUAUGUCAUUGCGAAGAAAGCGAUCUUCAGACAUGGAAAACAGGUACGUUGGUGCAAAAAUAUCACGAAAUUGCUAACUCACACUAUCACCAAGGAGCAUCAAAGAAACUAUGCAUGUGACCAGUGAGAUCCAGACAUUGUUUUGUACAUAUAUUUGGAGUUGAGCAUUUAGUUCCAUUUUACCCUUAUCUAGAGUAGCACUGCGCAUGAGGAGAGCACAUCUGUCAUUCUUACUGUGAAAAUAAAGCUUUUUUUGCAAGAGGUC